AUGUGCGUAUUCCCGGCGCGCUCCUGCGCGAAUGGAGAGGCUGGUGGAGCUCGCCUCGGGCUGCUUGCUGAAGCUGGCCUGGAGCUGACGCUGCUGCUUUGGCGGGCACUGCGUGCCCCAGCGUGGUGGCUUAGCGUGCGGGAGCUCCUGGUUCUCUUGGGGAUCCCAACGCCGCUCUUCGACUGUCCUCUGCAGGACAUGAACAGGGAGGUGGUGAAGACCGACUGUGCCACGGCUCGAAUUCCAGAGCUGGACUUUGAGAUCCCUGCUUUCACCCAGAAGGGAGUUCUUACCACCAUUGAAGGGAUAAUUGACAGAGCUGUCGCGGGCCUGGAACAGGACCAGCCCGUCCGCAGGGCGACGGACGAAGAGGUGGCAAGUAAAAUAGAUGAGUUCAUUCGUAAGCUCAAGCAGCUGAAAGAAGUACAUUCCUCCUUCACCUUUAUCAUAGACGAUCCUUCAGGGAACAGCUUCGUGGAGAACCCUCACGCACCGCGGAAGGAUGACGCUCUUGUGGUCACUCACUACAGGAGGACUCCCCAGCAGGCUGCCAUGCUGGGACUGGAGGAAGAGGAGUCGGAUGAGAAGCCGGCUGAUUCUGCGGAGGAUCUGAGGAAUGAGGUACUGCAGUUCAACACCAACUGCCCCGAGUGCAACGCUCCAGCUAACACGAAUAUGAAGUUAGUGCAAAUCCCACACUUCAAGGAAGUGAUUAUCAUGGCCACCAACUGCGACUCCUGUGGGCACAGGACAAAUGAGGUGAAGUCCGGAGGAGCAAUUGAACCGCAAGGCACCAGGAUUACCCUUCGGAUUACAGACCCUUCCGACAUGACAAGGGAUAUCCUAAAGUCGGAGACGUGCAGCGUGGAGAUCCCAGAGCUGGAGUUUGAGCUGGGGAUGGGAGCGCUGGGGGGGAAAUUCACCACGCUGGAAGGGCUGCUGAAGGACAUCAGAGACCUGGUUGAGAGAAACCCCUUCACUCUGGGGGACAGCUCUACGCCCAGCAAAGCAGAAAAGCUGCAAGAGUUCAUUAGGAAACUGCAUGAGAUCAUAGAGGGAAAGGCAAAGGCUCACUUCAUCAUGGAUGACCCUGCAGGCAACAGCUAUCUUCAGAACGCGUACGCCCCGGAAGAGGACCCGGAGCUGAAGGUGGAGCGCUACGAGCGGACGUUUGAGCAGAAUGAAGACCUGGGCCUGAACGACAUGAGGACG